AUGACCAAUUUAGGUUGUUCUGAAUAUUUGAAUAGCGAGGCAUGUUUGAGCUAAUUAACUGAUGGUUAAAAUUAAAGAGUUUAAUGCAUUUUUCAUAAGAGGUGUAAGGAAGUAAAGAAGGUCGAAUUGAUCUAAUAUGGUUGUUCUGCAAUGUUCAACAUAUUUGCUUGUUUGGAUGUAGAGAAAUAGUCCUGUAGUUGGUAGAAUAAUAUAUGUUAACCAUUAAAUCAAUCUAAAUAAGAUAAUUCAAAUUUUUGUAACAUAUUCAAAAUGCCAGUAAACCCUUUCACUUGUUCCUAGUUACCAUAUGGCCUAUGUAUGAGUAGUGGAUAUGAGGGAAAUUUUGAAUGUGUGGAAAUACCAUUAUACUAAUUAUCCUAACUAUCGUGUUAUGAAUUAGGAUUAAAUGAGGAAGGCUGUUUGGCAAUCAAUAAAUUAAAUUAAUAUUGCAUUUUUUAAGAUAAUAAAUGUACUGAGAUCUAAUUAUCAGAAAUCAAAUCAUGUGAAGACAAGUUUUACCAAUCUUUAUGUUUGUCGAUUAAAAAUCCAGAUACAAAGUGCGAGUGGGUUGAUAAAAAGUGCAGACAAUUUGAGUACAAUGCUGAAGUAGAGUGCACUACUAAAAAUAUGGUGAAUGCUUCUGUAUGUUAAAUGUUAGCAGGAUCAUGUUAUUAUGAUGAGAGCAAACAUAUAUGCAUGAAUGUAACAAAUAAAAUUAUGAAUUCACUAAAAUGUGACACUCCAGGAUUAUCAAAACAAGCAUGUUUAUCAAUUACCAAUUUUAAUUGUUCAUUUAAAGCAGGUAGAUGCUAAGAGUUAUCGAAAAUUGAUCUCUACUCCUAUUAAUGUCAUAUGUAAUUGAAUAAAUAGGCUUGUGUUAAUUUAUAAACUCCAUUCUAGUAUUGUUUUUGGACUGGGAGCUAUUGUGAAAGAAGAGUUGUAAAUUAAGAUUAUGAUUGUCCUUUAAAUUUCAAUGAUCAACGCAUUAGAGUAAAUGGAAAUGUGUGCUAGGCAAUUUCUAAAUAUAAGACUAAAUGCAAAUAUAGUUAAUAAACGAAUUUAUGUAUUGAGAGUUCGACAACUGAUACUUGUGAUACUUUGUUUAUUAACAAAUUUGGUUGUCUCAGUAUUAUUAAAGAGGAUGUAGCAUGUUAAUGGAAAGAUUAAGGUUGCAAAGAGGUUAAGGUGAUUUAACAUUAAACAACAUGUGAUAGUUUGAGGAGUGCUAAUCCAAUUGCAUGUUCUUAAGUUCUUGAUUAAAAUGAGAAUUUAGGUUGUUAUUUCGAUGAAGUAAAAUAAUUAUGUGCUACCUUAUCUGUUUAAUUAGAUCCUCGUGCAACUAAAUAGGAAGUUCAAUAGUAUCUCAAGGAUUAGGAAUUAUUGAGAACUAUUGUUUGUUAAAAUGCAUCACUAGGAUUAAAUAGAAUUUCAUGUUCUUCCAUAACAACUAAGGAUGUAGGGUGUAGAUGGUUCAGAAAUUAAUGUGUUCAAGUUAAAAACCAGAAGGAAAUUUAAAAAGUUCCAUGUUUGAAUCUAUAAUAUGCAAAUUAAAAAGCCUGUUCUUAUAUAAUAUAUGGAGGGGAAGUGUGUAGAUAUAAUCAAACGAUAAAGGGAUGUACAAAUUCAAUUAUUCCUCAUAUGCAAUGUAAUGAAUUAGGAUUAAAUUCAUUCGGAUGCUCAAAAGCAGAAGGCAAGUGUUAAUAUAUUAAUGAUCAAUGUCAAUCUUCAAAUUUUUAGACACCAGGAGAUGAAGAACAAUCCUCCAUUGUACAAGAUACUCCAAUAAAAUGCGGAACAACAUCUCCUACUAGAAAUGCUUGUUUAUCUUUUAUGUCUAAUUCAUUAUUAUGUUAAUGGAAAAAAGGAAGUGAUAUCUGUGCUGAUGUUGAAAUCAAAGAGAAUUAAUAUUGUCUAGACUAUGCUGGAACUGACAUACUUGUUAAUUCAAAUGUGUGUGCAUCUAUCAUAUGUGACUUUCCUGAUUAUAACUUUUAUAAAGGAGUUUAAGUUGAUAAAAAUAGAGGAUAUUGUUAAUAUAAUAAAUAAACAGCCUAAUGCACAAUUAAAAAGGUAUUUUGUAAGACCAAUUGUUGUACUGAAACUGAAAAUAUCGGAAUAAAUGCCCAUUCUUGUAGCAAAUUUUCAACCACUGAACCUGGAGUCUACUGUUACUUUAUGGAUUUAAUAUGUUAAGAAUUAAGCAAUGAUAUUGUGGAUAUAUCAAAUUCAGAUUAGGUUAAAUUGUAUUAUAAUGAAAACCACUUACCAUGUACUUCUAUGAAUAUUAAUUCCUGUCAUAUGAUUGAAUGGUCUGUAGGUUAACGUUGCUAUCAUAAUGGUAUAAUCUGCUUAAAUAUCAAUUAUAUCUACAUCAAGGAUAAUCGUGAACUAACUAAGGAACCCUCCAUAUUAAAUAAGAAUGCUUGUUUUGCAAUUGAUGGCCAAAUAACUGAAUUGAAUACACUCAAAUAUGUUGGAUAUGAUGAAGAAAACAAGAGAUGCUUAGAGAUUUUAGAGGAUCCUCAAUAUGCUAGUUGUGAAUAAACCUAAGGAAAUAGAAAUGUCUGUUAAAGAUAUAAUGGUAAUAAUUAUUGUAGAUGGAAUUCAAACGAGAUAAAAUGUGUUACAAUACCAUUAGAUGAAUAUAAUGAUAUAUAGGAUUGCGAUGAAAACCUAAAUGUUAAAGCAUGUACUGAUAUUAAGAAUAAUAUUUGUAUAUUUUCAUAUAAGACAGAUAAAUGUAUUAGGGCUACUGAAUUUAAUGUGGAUUGCAAUCACUAUGAAUAAUUGGGUAGUGUUAGUAAGUAAGUAUGUGAAUAAAUCAAUAAAAUUGGAUAAUCGUGCUAAUUUGACAAUUAUACAUGCGUAGAUUCAACUUUGAUUUCUGAAUCUUGUGAUGGUUCAUCAGCCAACAAUAGAUCCUGCUUCAAAAACACUAAGGGUUAAUGUAGAUGGGAUCCAAAUACUUUUCAAUGCUAUGUGAAUUACACAAAAAUAGAGGAGUUGUCAUGUUUAGAUUUAAUAAACAUCGAGUUAUGUAAACUAGUAACCAAAGAAACCUGUUUUUGGAAUGAUGUUACAAAUCAAUGCGAAAUCUUUAACACUAUUAGUGCAGCCGAUUUUGAAAUUCUCAAUAAUACUGGAAAUCAUAAGUUUACUGAAAAAGGCUGUCUAUUAAUAACAGGAGAUGCAUACUAUUAUGAUCAAUUAUCACAGAAAUGUAGUAAAUUACUUACUAAAACAGCGGAUUGCAAUGCUUAUUAAAUGAAUAAAUAUGCUUGUUUAUAUUAUACUCAAAGUCAUAAUUGUUUUUAUGAUGAAGAAGAGGUUUUACCUAAUAAUAAAUGUAAACCAUUUGUGUAAGACUAAUCAAAAUGUUCAACUUAAUGGCAGAUUAAUAUCGAAGUGUGUAUGAAUAUAUAACAGACAUGCAUGUUUGAUGUGAGUACAUUAUAAUGUUAGCCAUUUAAAUAUGAAGAUAGUAUGACUUGCUCGAAGUUAUCAAAUUAUUCUUUCAAUCUAUAGCAUCCAAAUAGAAGAGUUUGUGCCUCUGUUGCUUAAACUUUAGAUUAAACUUCAGGAGGAUAAUUAUGUUCUGAAGAUAGAGAGAACAUUAUGAAAUGCAAAUUCGAAAAGUAUUGUUUUUGGAUGAACUAUUCUUGUUAAAUCUUCAAUAUUGUAUAUGAUUAUAUUGAAUCAGCUUAUGGACAGUAACAACUUCUUAAAGAAUGUCCUGAUUUCGAAAAAUAUGAUAAUUGCUUUGAUGACAUCAUGAAGAACACAACUUCAUAUCGUCUAACAAAAUAAUCAAAAAUUGAAAGUACUUGGUCAUAAUUAAAUGAUACUUGUCAUCAAAAAAUUAUUAAAUAUACAAGAGAACACCUAUAUUCUUAAAAAUCUAAUAAUAAUAUUACUGUAUGCAAAAUAAUUGAAUGUUCAUUUAUUGAAUAGAUCUUUUGUAAUAUUAAUGCAAUUUUUGAAACUAUCUUUACAAUUAAUGAAAAUACCCCUGAUAAUUACGAUACUUCCAAGAUAGAUACUAUGGUCAGUAGUGAUCCAUUAGAUACAUGCUAGAAUUUUGAUUGCUCAUCCCAAUCUGAAAAUACAUGUUAAACAUAAAUUACAUAACCUUAUAAUCAAAUACGCUAGAAUAAUUGUAUUGUAUAAGACACUCAUAUUUUUAAUAAUUGGUGUUCAUUAAUGGAAAAUAAAGUUAAUAUUUGUGAUAAAGAUUUUGAUAAAGCAUUAUGCUUAGAAUUGAGUCCACACUGUUAUUUUGACCUAUAAUAAGGAGGUUGCAAGUAAUUAAAAGGCAAUGAACAUAACAUUGGGGAUUGUAGUUAAAUUGCAAAUAAUUGCUAUGUUAGUUCAAGUCCUAAAGCGAUUUGCUAAAAUGGAGAAUCAAGUAUCAAACCAGGUGAUAAAUGCAAAACAGUCCAAAAACCCUAUUUGACUUGUGUACCACUUACAACAUACAAUUAACCAUUUUCUUGUGCAGCAAUAAAAAACUAAGAUGUUUAACCUAUUUUAUGUGCUAAAGCUAAUGAUGAUUGUAGAUAUGAUGGGAACUAAUGUAUACAUGAAAUGCCAACACAAAUGGAAAAUGGGUUAUAUCCUUGUGAUAGAAGUUUUAGUUAAUCUUUAUGUGAAAAAUGUGGAUGCAACUAUACUUUUUAAGGAUAAUGUUAAUAAUUUAAGCAAGUACCAUUGGUAGAUCCAGAUAAAUCAAAUAAAGACUUUCUGUGUUAUCAAGUAAAUCUAUUAGAAACAACUAAUAAAUAAGAAAUAUGCGUAAGUGUUGAUUAAGCCUGUGCAUUUUCUGAAUCUAUAUGUGAAGAUGCUACCCACUAUGAGUGCAAUCAACUAUUUGAGAAUCCUGUUUCAUCAAAAGCAUGCUUGAAAUGUUAUGAACAUGCAACUAAAUAUGAUGCUAGUUAAUAAAAAUGUUUAAACAUAGAUGAUAUUCCUAAUCAAAACUCUUGUAGCUAUCUAAAUUAGCUGGCUUGUCUUAAAAAAACUAAAGGAAUUAAAUGCAAAUGGGAUAACUUCGAAUGUAAAACAGUAUCAAUAGAUCCAGAAGAUAAGAUUGAAUGCUCUAUUUUAAAUUACAAUGCUUGUUACAGCAAAUAAAUCAAUAUCUGUUGGAUUGAUUAAAUAACCUCUUUGUGCGUUUAUUAUAAUGAAAAUAUGGGCAAAUGUGAGUUAUUACAGACAGAAUCUCUUUGUUUAAGGUCUAUGUAUGGAAGUUGUUAAUGGACUAAUGAGAAAUGCAUUUAGAUUAGUAAAAUACCUGCAAAUACAUGUGAUAAUUUGAAUCAAUAUUCAUGUCUGAAUACUAUAAAUAUUGCAUGUGGAUGGUCUACUAAAUAUGAAAAGUGCUUUAAAUUGGAAUUCAAACUUAAUCCAUUACUUUAAUGUAAUGAUAUUUUAUAGAGUGAUAUCGAUCGUUUUAAUACUUACACUUGUACUGAAUUUAAAACACAAUCAGGUUGUCUUCACGAUUAAUAUUAUAAUUGUAGAGAAAUCAUACCCACUGAUGUCCUUUCUUGUGAAGUAUCAUCAAUUUAUAAUGUUAAUGAAUAUGCAUGUACUAAAUUAACGAAAGGAUAGUGUAUAUUUGUCAAUAGAGUAUGUUAAUAAACAACAAAUACUAAAUUAGGUUGCUUGACUAAUUUGAAUGAGAAAGCUUGUCUAAAAUAAGAAGAUGCUUGCAAAUUCGAUAAUUAUUGCUAACCCCAUGUUAUAAAAUCUCAGAAUGAUAUAAAUACUCCAUUUUUCUAUACAAAAAAAUCUUGCGAUGAGGCUGAUUUCUCGGUCAUGUCACCAGAUGGAGACAGAUAUAUUGGUGUAUCUAUAAUAUUUAAUGAGGAGUAAUAAAAAUGUAUAGACAUCACUAAUAAAAAUAUAUAGAUUAAGGAUUGUACUUAUAAAGGAAUCAAUAAGUACGCAUGUUUAACAAAGACAAGCUAAUAUUGUGAAUUUGCUGAAAAUUAAUGCAGACCUAUUCAAUUCAAAGCAAUUUAUGCAUAAAAUAAAUGCGUAACUACUUUAAAUUAAUAUACAUGCACAAGAUUGAAUACACAAUGCAAAUUUGUUAAUUAUUAAUGCCUCCCUAUUUCUGUUAAAGACAAUUGCAUAACCUUAUCAUCAGAAAAAUCAGUUGUACAGAAUAACAUUUGUGAAAAUGAUCGUGAAGCUCCUUGCAUGUUUAAUUAUAGCACUUAGAAUUGUGAAAUAAUUACAACACCUCAAAAAUGUGAAGGCCUAAAUCGUUGGGGAUGCUUAUUCCAUACACAAGGAUCUUAUUGUGAAAUCAAGAACUAAAAGUGCAUUAAGUCAUUUGGUAAUAGAAAUUGUCUUGAUGAAAUCAAUUAUGAUAAAUGUCUCUCAAUAAUUACCAAAGGUUAAAUGUGUUAUUUUGAUCCGAAACUUGGAUGUCGAAACAUUGAUACUACUAAAGUUGAUCUCAAUAUAUGUGAUAAAAAUGGGUUAUCAACAAGCCCAACUACUUGCUCUAAAAGCACUGAUGUCCCCUGUGCUUUUAAUAAGUUAAAUAAAUAAUGUGCUCAGUAUCCUUUUGUAUCCGAAUAUUAAAUAAAUGAUAGUAUUUCUAACAUAUCUUCAUUCAAUAAAAUGACAUGUUAAAUUUUUAAUAAGUCAAAACCUCUUAUGUGGUAAGAAUCAUGCUAAAUAGUUUCCAGUUCUUAAUUUCUUUAUUUAAAAUGUAACGCACCUUUAAAUUAAAUAGCGUGUUUAAGUAUCAAGACUCCUUAUUAAUUUUGCUAAUAUAAAAAUAAUUAAUGUAUCAAUGCUAAUCUAGAUGAUUUUAAAAAUGUCAAAUGUAAUACUAUAGAAAAUAUUAAUUCUGGUGCUUUUUGUGCUAUUAAUACUUUAGGCACUGCCUGUAAAUUCGAUAAGUAUUUAUUUAAGUGUCAGGAAAUUGAAGAUAAAUCUAUAGUUUGUGUUGAAAAGGAUCCAGAAGAGAAAGGAAUAAAUAAAAAAGGUUGUGAGCUUGACACUGAUCGUUGCAUUUAUGAUGAGAAUUGUUAUAAAAAAAAUAAUAGUGGAUAUUAAUUUUGUAGAGAUAUUAAAAAAAAUGGACAAUUUUAAUGUAAGGAGGUUACUGGUGAGGGAUGCAUGAUUUAAUCAGGGAACUGUGUCAAGAUUUACUAUAAUGAUUAUUCCAAAAUUAAAUGCGAAUAAGCUCUUAAUCGAUUUGGAUGUGUUAACAUUCAAACAGAAGGUCAAUAUUGCUAAUUUGUUGGAGAUUAAUGCAAAUCAUAAGAUAUAUCAUAAUUCAAGGAUAAUACUUGUUUAAGCAUAAUAAAUAUUAAUAACUAUAAAUUCUGUGAAUAAGCCCAGGACAUAGCAUGUACAUUUGAUUUAAAGAAUAAUCUUUGUAGAAAUGUAUAUCCACAAGAGGAAUUCUCUUGUGAGAGAGGAUUGAAUAAGAUUGCUUGCUUAAAUCAAACAAAUAAGAGUUUAAUGUGUAAGUUCCUUCAAUAUUGCUAUGGUCCAAAUAAUGGCAUUAUGAAUUGUGCUUAUAAAGACAAGUAGAGGUGCUGUAAAGAAGCUGGUUCAAUUGAUACAUGUUUGAAUUAAAAGAUUUACGAGUGUGAAUGGACAGCUAAUAACUGUUAGGCUUUGUAAAAUAAAGUGGAAGAGUGUGAUUAGAUAGUAAAUGCUAGUUUUUUAGUUUGUGCUUCUAUAAAAUAAAUACUCUGUGUAUUUGUUCCUACUGAAUAUAGAUGUAAAGCAUAGAGUCCAACAACAUGUGGUUUCUCAUAAUCAAGUUAAUAAUGUAAAAGAAUGAAAUACCUUUCUUGUAUGUGGAAUUCAGAGGAUGAAAGUUGCUCAUACUCGGAGGAGUCAACUUAUUUAGGUUGUUAAUAAGUGUCUGAAAGAUCUGGAAACUAAAGAGCCUGCAUGAAUGUUGAAGUACAAGGACAGCUGUGUAUAUACAAGGAUGAACAAUGUCUACUAUUUGUAUAAGAUGAAGAUGUGAAUAACUGUUUGGAUACAAUCAAUAAAAAUGCAUGUAUUUAACAAACUGUUAGUGAUUGUUAAUGGGUUGAAUAAGUAUUUUCAGUCACCAAAUCGUAAAACUAGAAUUUGGAGGAUAUUAUCUAAGGGGAAUGUAAACCAAUCACUAACUUAGAUUAAACAUCAUGCUCUGCUAAUAUUAGUUAUACAGCUUGCUUGAAAAUAAUUAAGAAUGGAGAGCAUUGUAUUUGGAAAGAUUUGAGAUGCUAAACGAUAAGUUAAUAAGAAUUAUACACUCCCGAAGAACUUAUUUUUGUUAAUAUAAAUGCAUGUGGUUUAGUGAAUAAUGGAGAUACAGUAGGGUAUGACCAAGAGUUUAAAUAUUGUAGGAAAAUUAUAAAUCCUAAUGAACUGAGUUGCAAACCUUAAGUAUUGGGAAUCAACAAAGAUGCAUGUUUAGCCAUAAAGACUUAAUCGUGUAUUUGGAAUAGCAUAGCCAGUAGAUGCUAAUAUUAAGAUAUCUAGAUUGAUACUUAAUAAUUAAAUAUACAAAAUUUGAAUAUCAUCUCUUGCUCAAAACUAGAUAUUAAUUAACCAUAUGGAUAUUCUCUAAAGGGUUGCCAAGAUGUUGACAUAAAUUCAAUCACUUGUACUCAUGAUGGUUUAAAUAAAUUUGCAUGCUUAAAUAUUAAAAAUCACCCUUGUAUUUGGAAGUAAAAUGUCUAGGAUGGUAACUAUUAUUGUUAUGAUUACACUCCCUACACUUUAUGUGAAUUGAUACCUAUCAAUGUGAAUUCAAAGGUUUGUUAAUUGGUUGAUCUAGAUGCUUGCUAUUAUGAUAUCAAUAAUAAUAAAUGUGAAAAUGUCAAGUUACAAACAACGAAUUGUGAUACUGUAGGUUUAAAUCCCCUAGGUUGUAUUAAGAUUGAUGAUUGUGUAUUCUAAGAAUAUUGUCAACGAGUAACAAAACAAUUUUAUGAUUGCAAUGAAUAUCCUAUUGCAAAUUAUAAAGUGUGUAUGAAUGCCAUUGAUAGUUGUAAAUUCAAUGAAUUAACCUCUGGAUGUUCUCAAGCAAAAGAAGAAUUAUGUGAAACUAAAGGGUUAAGUAUGUAAGGUUGUCAAUCAAGUCAAUGUACAUGGAUCAAUAAUUAAUGUUAAUGCAAUAGUAUUAAAGAAUAUGACUGCAAUUAAAUUAAAACACAGAAAUAAUGUGAUUCACUUAGUCAUUGUAAAUAUGAUAAGGUUUAGAAUUAGUGUAGAUGGAAAUAAUGCGAGGAUUAACCUGCUAGCUCUUGUGAUGGUUUAGAAUUUCAUUAAUUCUACUGUUAUACAGACACUUCCUAAUUAUGCAAAUCUGCUGAAUAAUGUGAAGAUAUUAAGAGUCCAAACUCUUAAAAUUGUCCAUAAUUACAUGAUAAAUUAUGCAUUUUUAAUUCAGAAUUAAACUAAUGUUAAACGCUUAAUUGUGAAAUACUUGAAGAAUAACAAUGCUUAAGUUAUCCAAAUUAUUGCAUAUUUAGUUAGACUUGCAAAUUUUUAGGAUGUAAUUAUACUACAUAAUUCAAUUGUGCUUGUAGAUAUUUGCCAAAUACACCUUAAUGUAAUGGAGUUUAAGUGAAUGAUCAAUUCUGCGUCGAAUUAACUGAUAGUACUUGCGUAUCAUGCGAGGAAAUAUCAAGUCCUUGCAUCUGUCAUUAAAACCAUCAAUUUUGUUAGUAUAGUUUUACAGAAAUGAAGUGUUAAUCCAAGAUUUGCAAGAACUUUAUCGAACAACAAAAUUGUCCAGAAUAAUAUUGUGAUUUUCUUAAUUAAAAUUGUGUUUAAAAAUGUUAGUAUAUUCAACAACAAAGUUAAUGUGAAAGUAAUGAUUGCAUAUGGUCAGAUAAUUAGUGCAAAUUAAAUGAGAAAACUGGUAACUCCACUGAUAUAGUAGUUAGCUCAUGGGGGUUGAUAGAAUUAGUGGAAUUAAGUAUGUUGAUUCUGAAUUUAUGA